CAAAAACUCGAUCUACCCGCAGUAUUACAGUUCUCCUCGCCUAAAUCUCCCUCAUUUCUCCCGCUCUAACCCUAAUCCGACAAUGGCCUUCGACAUCGACUCUCUUCCUCCCCUCCUCGGCCCCGACCCCGACUCCUACUCCGACUCCGACCACCUCCCCCCCGCCCCGCGCCGUGGCCGCCCUCUUCGGCCUCCACCGGCGCCGCGGGUGGAACCCUCGCCUCAGGCGCCUGGCAGGUGCGAGGCUACCCCCGCCCCGGAGGGUAUUGGUGGAGCGGCCCAGCAGAGUUGGCCAGGGUUACCAAGGGGUGCGCAAUUUAAUCCUAGCGACAGUGAUCUUCUAUGGCAUCUGGCUGCAGAAAUGGGGAAUGGCCUGGCUCAUCGUCAUCCAUUCAUCAGUGAAUUUAUUAAAUAUGGUGAUGAAGGUGCAAGAUUUGGCUGUACCCAUCCUCGAGAUAUGCCAGGUAUGAGGCAAGAUGGACAUGCAUUGCACUUCUUCCACAAAAAAGUAAACCUACACAACAAUGAGAAUGACAAAGAUAUCAGCUGGCAAAAAAGUGGCCCCUCCAGAUCAAUAAUUUUAGAUGGGGGUCUACAAGGUUGCAAGGAAAUAUUUGCCUUGUACGCCUUCAAGAACAGCCCUCAGAGAACUGACUGGGAGUUGCAUCAAUAUCAUAUCAAAAACACGAUGGAGAAUGAAGGCGAACUAGUUCUUUCAAAGAUAUUCUACAAGUCGCAGAAAUGUCAUUGUGAAUGUGCUUCAAAAGCUCCUGUUCAAUCUGCACAGGAUAAUUCUGUGACUGAUGAUGAUUCCAAAGAAAAAGAGGGCGCACAAUUGGAAAAACUUUCUGUUAAUAUGGCUACUGAAAGCAAUGGAAACAACCGGGAACAGAUGCUGGUUGAGAUGUAUCCUGAUCAGGACAAACCAUGUUCCCUCAAACAUGUUUUGGAUACCGCAGAUGUUAAUCAUGAAAACCAAAUUAAUGACCAGGCUGAAACUGAGCUGGAUCACAUGUCUCUGCAAGAGCGCUACCGAAUCCUUCUAGCAGACAUGCGUUCUUGCUCUGCUAGGGUAUCUGCUGAAAAGUGUGCUUUGAAUGAUAUGGGAAAUUCAUCCAUGCAAAUGGAUGCUGAAACAAGUGGGCCAGUUCCCAAAAGUGAGAGUGAGGAAAUGUAUGGAUCUUUUUUAGCUGUCUAUGACUUUAUCUGUGUUACGUUGAUUAAUGUUCUGUUUUGCAAUGUUGGUUACAGAAAUCAUGGAGGAACAACCUACAGGGAGUGUUCUGUGAAUGGCAAGGAAAUUCCAGUUGAGGAUACUGAAGGUCCAGUGAAUGACAAGGCUUUUAAUUCUAGUGCUGAGCUCUUAUUAAGUCAAACACCGGCUUGUGGAGAUGAAAACGUUCAGCUGGCACCGAGAAAUUCUGGGACCUAUUUGGUUGAUGUAAAAACGGAGCCUGCAUUAGACGGUUGUGCGAUUUAUCCUUCUGAAUCUCCUUCUGUGAAAUUUCACCACUCAAACAACAAUGGCCUGAAGGUCUCUGGUUCUCUUCUGGAAUGUGUGCCAAAAGAUGCUGAAGACUCACUACCAUCUUUAGGAGUAAAAAGUGAACUAAGUGGGUAUGAGUUGCCUGGCUUAUGUGAGAACAGCUUUAUCAGUAGUAUGGAGCCUAUUGUGAAAAAACCUCAUACCAGAACUCUGAACUGCAAUGGGGGCCUUGCACCUUGUUCUCGACAAAGGAACAAGAGGGAUUCAAGUGAAAAGGUGCUUGAAGAAGAUGGUUACAAAAAUGAUGAGGGUAUUCCUUACCCUUCUAGGCAAAAGAGGAAGAAGAAAACUGCGACGGAUUCGAUUGAAACGGCUCUUGAAGAAGAUGCUCCAGGACUUCUACAGAUUCUUCUGGACAAAGGAAUAGUGGUCAAAGAGAUUAAACUUUAUGACGUUGUAGAAGAUGAUGAAAUGCUUCCAGACUGCACAGAAAGUGACUUUCAAGACCUUGAAAAUGUGAUUACAAAAUUGUUUCCACAAAGAACAUCCUUGUUGAAGUCCGUAGCCAAGCAUGGGAAGGGGGGAAAGGCUAUUUACUGCUUAGCUUGCUUAAUUUCUCUCAUUGAGCAGUCGCGCUAUCUUCAGUUCCGUGAUUGUCCUGUGGAGUGGGGAUGGUGCAGGGAUUUGCAAUCCUUCAUUUUUGUAUUUAAAAGCCAUAAUAGGCUAGUUCUUGAGCGUCCUGAAUAUGGUUAUGCAACUUAUUUCUUUGAAAUUCUACAAUCAGUGCCAAUAGAAUGGCAGAUCCGAAGGAUGGUUACUGCUAUGAAGCUUAGUAGCUGUGGCAGAACCGCUCUUAUUGAAAACAGGCCACUAUUGAUUGGUGAAGAUCUAUCAGAAGGUGAGGCGAAGGUUUUGCAGGAAUAUGGUUGGAUACCAAACACUGGGCUUGGGACGUUGCUGAACUACCGCGAUCGGGUGGUUCAUGACAGGUGGAACGAGAAGUACAGCACAGAUUGGAGGAUGAAGAUUGGAAAGCUUCUAAUGAAUGGUUAUUCUGAGGGGGAAUUGAUCAUAACUCAUGUUCCGCUGAAUUCAGAAGAAAUCAAGUUGGAGAAUCCUUGAUGAGGUCUCCACUGUAUACAUGGGCUUGGUGGCGUCCAUAGACAACCUUCCUCUUGGUGGGUGUUGUAAAGUUGUAGUGUUCACCAUGGAUAUGUCAAGAACAUGUUGUGGGUAUUCAUGUGCACCUGUAUGUAUGACAUAGUAUUCGUUUAACAGGCGCUGCAAAGAUGGGGUUAGGCCAGCAGUUGCCAUGUGAAUAACCUUAUGUCAUAGGAACAUGGAGAAGGCUGCUAGCUAGUACACUUAGCUAGUCUCAUCGAACUGAAAUUGUGUACUGUAGCGUAUGGGUCCUGGAAUAAGUGAACAGAACUGUAUCUGCUGUAAGAAGAUGGUUUUAUCCAUGAUGACAUUAACUUUCAAGUGUA